AUGGGAAUCGGCCAAUUCAUUGCUCCCUCUCCUCCUCCCCUCCUCCUCCCCCCUCUCCGCUCCACCCCCCUCCUUCCGCUUCCCCCUCCAUUUCCUCCCUUCCCCUCCUUCUUCCCCCCUUCACUCCGCUUCCCCAUCCGCCCUUCCCCCGUUGCCAACCUCCCAGAGCUUCCCCCGACAUGGCGGCAGCGCGCGCAGAGGCGCUGCUGCCGCGCGAGCGGAGCGAGUGUAACCUGCAGGGCGGGCACGAGCAGCACCUGCACCACCACCACCACGGCUUCGGCGACAAAACCAUCACGUUCUGGGGGUGAGUGGAUGGGCUGGGCGCAGCAGCGAAUUCCGGGUAACAAGGGUUUCGCCAGGCGGUUUGAGUACUGCACGCUCGUGCGGCAUUACUUCGGCGAUCGGUGGUACGCGCUCGCGCAGAUUGGGUUCAACGCGGGGCUGCUCGCUUCGAACAUCGCGUCCAUGAUUGUUACAUCGCAGGUCCUAGACUCGGUGGUGUAUCGGCUAGCUGGCACAUCGUAUGGCAUGGACUAUGGGCAGUGGCCGCCCGCGUUUAUUGAGUCCCUUGCAACGGGAGGGGCGGGAGGGAAUGUGUGCGCAUGGGGGACCACCAGCAGCGGUGACUGCAACCGAUCGGUGAUCUCCCUGGGAUUUGUCCUGGCGAUGGCAGUCUGCAUCCCAUUCGCUCGCCUCAACCUAGACGACAACAUGGGCUUCCAGUGGCUCUCCAUGCUCGCCCAGCUGCUCUUCUCCUUUGAGUUUGCCGCCCAGUUCCUCUCCAACCUCCUCCCCGGCUCCCCCAACUACUGCGCCGGGAAUGGGCCUGGCAGAACACCCUUUCUCGGACUCGAUAUAAGUCAGGUGCUAGGGGUGUGUGUGUUUGCAUACUCCUACGUCAGCACCAUCCCCUCGUGGGCCAAUGAGAAGAAGCCAGGUGUCAACGUCAACAGAGCCAUCUGGCUGCCUGCUUCCGUUGGCUGUGCCCUCAACAUCCUACUUGGCCUCCUAGGCGCGUGGGCGUACAAGCUAGUGGACGACGCAGGCCACCCGUUCAAGGGCACAGACAACAUGCUCAACAUGCUGGACGGGCAGGCCGAUGCUGCCACUGCAUGCGGCCACCCCCAUGUGGCCCCAGCAACAGAGUUCUCGGUGUACAUGUGGGGCUUCUUUGGCUACAUCCCGGGAAUUCCCAUUCUGGCCAUCAUGGUGCGCUACAACCUGCAGGCCUCGGGUCUCUUCUCCGACUCAGCUGCCUUCUUCUGGGCGGUUGUCGCGCCCUGGCUGCUCACUGCAUUUUUCUACCAAGCUCAGGUGCUAGUCCAGUUCUGCAACUGGGUGGCCAUCAUCUGCCAGGGAUUCAUCAACCUCGUCGUCCCAACGCUCCUCUUCCGGGCCGCACUCAUCACCUACCCCACCCCUGAAGAGCUCGAAUCCCGGGGCUACCUCCUCGUCUCCUCCUCCCCUCCCUCCUCCACACCCCUCUCCACCACUCCCCCCGCCUCCACACCGCUCCGAACCUCCUCCAGCGCUGAUCGGAGCCUCGUGGGGCUGAUUCAGAAUGUGAUUGCGGCACUCUCUCCCAAGCACUCACCAAGUUCGUCUCAAGGAGGAGCGGGAGUUAUGGAGAGUGAUAUGGAAGGGGCGGGUGCUUAUAAGCAGAUGCCGGAUAGUGCGGGAGGGGAGGUGGGGCGGGAGGGGGAUGUGAUUGUAGAGGGCGCUCGCGUGGUGGUGGAUUCGGAGAGUGACAGUGGGAGUCGCGAUGACGUGGACAACAGGGCUACUGGUAGCUGUCAGCAUCGCCAUCACCCUCCUCUCUCCGUGACCCUGCUUCCCAGAGCUCUAGAGCCCGUAGAGCUCGUAGACUAA